AUGAAACGUCAUCGAAUAUGUAUUGUUGGUGGUGGUGCAUCAGGUUUAGCUUGUGCCCGUGUUCUUGCAUCUGAUGAUUAUAAUUGUGAACCAACUAUUUUUGAACAAAAUCCAUUUAUUUGUGGUCAAUGGCAUUAUGAUCCUGAUGGAACAUCAGAGACAACAGCUGUUUAUAAAGCUUUAAAAACAAAUUUACCUUGUUCUGUUAUGCAAUUUAGUGAUUUUCCUUUUUCAAAUAAUGAACCUGAAUCAUAUAUUGGUUGUAAAGAAGUAGAAGAAUAUUUACUGGCUUAUGUUGAAAAACAUCAACUAUUUAAAUAUAUAGUUUUAAAUGCAAAAGUUAAUUCAAUUGAUGAAACAUUUACAGUCACAUAUACAGUACGUAUUGAUAAAGAGGAUGAAAUAGUUAAACGUCCGUAUCAAAAUUUAUUAGAGAAAAAUGAAUACUUUGCAAUAUAUUCAGAACAAUUUGAUGCAAUAUGUGUAGCAAACGGUCACUAUUCUGAAAUGUAUAUCCCGGAUGAUAUUCCUGGUUUACAUAGUCAAACAUUUCCCAUAUAUCAUUCUCGUUCGUAUCGAGAACCAGAUAAUUAUCGAGAUAAAUGUGUUAUUGUUGUUGGUGCUAGUCAUUCUGGUAUUGAUAUAUCAGGUGAAUUAGCAUCAGUAGCUAAACAAGUAAUAUUAUCUAUGAAAGAAGAAAAUCAAGAAGAUUUUGAAUUGGUUCUUGAUAAACUUCGACAAAGUGGAAAACAAUUAUGUACUGAUUAUUUAUCAACAACAUUUUCUAUAGUACCACCUAUUGAACGUAUUGAUAAAGAUACAGUUUAUUUUAAAAAUCAAACUUCAAUUAAACCUGAUUUAAUUAUUUUUGCAACUGGUUAUGAAUAUCGAAUGCCAUUUCUUCGGGGAAAAUUACAAGUUGAUCAAAAUCGUUUAUUAAAAUAUCAUUAUGUUUAUCCAUUAUAUAAACAAUUAUUUCAUGCUGAUUUUCUUGAUGGUACACUUUCGUUUUUGACUAUUCCUUUUCGUAUUACACCAUUUCCACUUGCGGAAAUACAAUCACAUAUAAUUGCACGUGUUUUAUGUGGAAAAAUAUCAUUACCAUCUCGAGAUGAUAUGAUCGAUGAAAUAGAUCAUUCAAUAAUACAACAUAAUCGAAAAUAUCAUCAAGUUAAUAUGAUUAAUUAUACAGAAAAUUUAUUAGAAAUGAUGAAUGAAAGUAAUAAAUUUUUUAAUUUUAUAUUUACCAUUGAUAAUCAACGACGUAUAAGAAAAAUAAUUAAAUAA